UAUAAAGUCGGUUCGGAGCAGCCCGGACGCAGUUCUCCCUAGAACCUCAGCACCCGGGUCAUGGCGCCCCGGACCCUCCUCCUGCUGCUCUCGGGGGCCCUGGCCCUGACCCAGACCGGGGCGGGCUCCCACUCCCUGAGGUAUUUCUACACCGCCGUGUCCCGGCCCGGCCGCGGGGAGCCCCGCUUCAUCGAAGUCGGCUACGUGGACGACACGCAGUUCGUGUGGUUCGACAGCGACGCCGCGAACCCGAGGGAGGAGCCGCGGGCGCCGUGGAUCCAGCAGGAGGGUCCGGAGUAUUGGGAUCGGAACACACAGAUCGCCAAGGACAGCGCACAGACUGACCGAGUGAACCUGCGGACCCUGCGCGGCUACUACAACCAGAGCGACGCCGGGUCUCACACCAUCCAGAGGAUGUAGGGCUGUGAAGUGGGGCCCGACGGGCGCCUCCUCCGUGGCUAUGGGCAGCACGCCUACGACGGCGCCGACUACAUCGCCCUGAACGAGGACCUGAGCUCCUGGACCGCGGCGGACACGGCCGCUCAGAUCACCCGGCACAAGUGGGAGGCUGAGAAGGUUGCAGAUCAGAUCAGGGCCUACGUAGAGGGCAGGUGCCAGGAGUCGCUCCGCAGAUACCUGGAGAACGGGAAGGAAUCUCUGCAGCGCGCAGACCCCCCCAAAGCACACAUAACCCACCACCCCAUCUCUGACCGUGAGGCCACGCUGCGGUGCUGGGCCCUGAGCUUCUAUCCUGCGGAGAUCACCCUGACCUGGCAGCGAGAUGGAGAGGACCAGACCCAGGACAUGGAGCUUGUGGAGACCAGGCCUGCAGGGGACGGAACCUUCCAGAAGUGGGCAGCCAUGGUGGUGCCCUCUGGAGAGGAGCAGAGAUACACGUGCCAUGUGCAGCAUGAGGGGCUGCCCAAGCCUCUCACCCUGACAUGGGAGUCCCGUUCUCAGUCCCCUGCCAUCAUCAUGGGAAUCAUUGCUGGCCUGGUAUUCCUUGUGGUCGUUGUAGCUCUGGUGGCUGGAGCUGUGAUCUGGAGGAAGAAGAGCUCAGGUGGAAAAGGAGGGAACUAUGCUCAGGCUGCAAGCAGCAACAGUGCCCAGGGCUCUGAUGUGUCUCUCAUGGCUUGUAAAGCAUGAGAGAGCUGCCUUGUGUGGGACUGAGUGAUACAAGAUUUGUUCACUCCACUCCCACUUUGCGACUUCAAGAACUCCUGACUUCUCUUUCUGAAGUCUGAAUGUGUCUGCGUUUCUGUCAGCAUAAGAUGAGGACAUAGGAGACUAGCUCCACCCGCCGAAAGGACCCCCUCCCUACACUGACCUGUGUCUAUUCGCUGAUCAACAUUUCUAUUCCAUCAUGACAGGGCUGGGAGGUCCCCAUCCCUGUUGUAACUUUCUGUUGCUCUGGGAGGCAGUGUCUCACUUCCCUUUUGAAAAUGAGAGUCUGGAUAUUAAUUUUUUUUUUCAAAAUUUUGCAAUGAAGUGUGGUUGAUGGGUUAAUUAAAGGAGAGGAAAAUUCUGAAAAUUUAAGAGGCAAUAAAAAAAGUCUUGAUAACCUUCCAGAAUCCUGUGUUUGCUGUGUUGAGUCUGUUGCAGGCAAAACAAGAGAAGACCAUGGAGUAGCUCAGUGUGGAUGGGGCCUUUGCCCCUUUAAUGCUCAGUGCUUUGUGGACUUUGACAUGGUUACGUCUUAGCUGGGUCAUCUUCACUGCCUUAUUGUCCUAGUCCCCUUAGUAGAACCUUGUCCCACCAGGACCUGUGAUCACAGGGACUCAGAUAUCACCUGGCCUUGUCCUGUCACCAGGAUGCUGGACAGCUAGGACUUUGUAUAGCUAGUCAGCCUGGGUUCAGUCCUGGCCUAACCUUCAGCCAUCAUCAUUGUGUGGUUAUUUUUGUGUCUUGUUUGUUGUAGAGGUUUAUGCCUGUUCUUGUACGUGAGAGCUUGUUCUUGGUCCCAUCCUCCUCUGGGUAUCCCCAUCACUUACAGCACCGGGAGCUGUUUUCCUGUCAUUAUCCCCACAAGGCCCAGGGUGGCCCCUGUGCACAGGAGUCUCUGUGGUAUCGAGAAAUGAAUUUUCAGACUACUACACCUCUUUGCCUCCUUCUAGGAUUGUACUGGAUUAUUCUUUCCAUUUCCCCCCAACCUCUUUUUAAAGAACCAAAUUGUGGAAUUAGCAGAGGGGAGGGAUCUGGUAGCUUUACAUCUUGAGAAAUUUCUGUUGUGUUUGCAUCUUCUGCUCACCUACCCUCUCUCCCUGCUCUUAGCUCUAGAAUCCUAGUGCUGGCUCCUUCCAAACAGAUGGCUAUCUAAAGCAGACUCUCACUUACAUUCACAGUCGAUUGGAAAAUAGGGCUCCUUUUUUUUUUAAGCCUAGGUUUGUUUCUUUCUGAAGAUGGAAAUGAAGUUGUGUGCUGUAGUGAGCAGGGGGGUGGCCGAGGAAGGGAGGGAGGAAAGCAGCCCUUGUGAGAGAAGUUCAGAAGCAUUAAUGUCAGUGUGAGUGGAUGCCGUGCUGUAGCUGCCACAAAACAGCAUUUGGUCUGAGGUUACAUUGAUAAAGACACUGUCUUUAGAAUAGGGAGGUGCUAUACACAACAAAAUCAUUAUUCUGAUAUUUGUUGAGUGCUGACUACAUAACACACAAUCUUUGCAUCUGGGAAACAUAAGUGAACUAAAAACACAAAAAUUGUCAGCCUUGUGGAUCAUGUGUUCUAGUGGAGAGAGACAAGCUAUUGACUAUGAGAAAGAAGGAAAAUGUUUGCAUUAUACGGCAGUAAGUGCAGCGGGGAAGGGGACCCAGAGUGUGGUUGUAUGGGGAGAGGGAAGAUGGCUGCUAUUCUCGGGUGAUCAGUGUGGGUCUCCUUGAGAAGGUGACUUUUGAGGGAAAAUUUGAAGGACAUGACACAAUUAGCCAUGACGAUGUCUGAGGAAGUUCUUUCCAUGCUGGGGGAAUAUUCAGUGCAGACACAUUAGGGCAGGAGGGUGUCUGUGUUCUAGGAGUAGCAAGGAGGCCAAUAUGGCUGUAGCAGAGUCAUUGAGAUGAAGUCAGAGGUACAACGAGACCACGUAGGCCUUGAGGAUUUGGAAGAAUUUUUGGUUUUUCUUUGGGUAAGAUGAGUGACAAGACAGUUUUGAGCAAAAGAGAGACAUGGUACAACUUCUAAAGAAUCACUCUGGCUGCUGUGGUGAGAAUAGAGCUGAGAGGGGCAAGCAAGGCAAUAGGGAAAACUGAGAAAUUUGAGUACUAUUCCAGCUACAGAUAUUGGUGGCUUAAACCUGGGUGUGAGCAGUGGAAAUAGUGGAACAUGAUGGGAUUCUUGAUAAAUGUUGAACUUUAAGGACUUCCUAAUGUUUGCAUUUGGAAUAUGAGAGAAAGAGAAGAUCAAGGAGGACAUCAAAAGAUGGUUCUGCCAUUCCCGAAGACUACUCAUCAGGCAUGGAAAGGACUGGACAAUGGGUUGGAGAGAGAUGCUGAUGAAGAGUGAGCUACUUGUAUCAGGUGGACACUUGAGACUGUAUUGGCAUCUCCUGUCUGGAGGGGAGAUGGGAGGGUAGAGAGGGUUAGAAACUGGCAAAACGGUCAUGAAAGGAGAGACUGGAAGAAGGGAGCAGGCUGACUCAUUAGGGGGAGAGUAAAUGGGAGCAUGUAGUAAGGUGUAUAUAAGCUUAUAUGUGACAGAGUGACUUGAUUUGUAAACUUUCACUUAAAGCACAAUAAAAAUUACUAAAAAAAAAAAAAAGAUCGUUCUGAUGUCCACAAAAAUGGGAAAGACCCUGGAAGGAAACUUUUUGAGGUAGCGGGUGGGAAUCACAGGCUAUCUCAGUUUCAAAAUCUGAGAUAGACAUACAAGUGAAAUUCUCAAGAAUAACCAAACCAAACAAAACAAAAC